AGUAGCUCUAGUGGACGUGUCGAGAAAAAGUUUCUAUAAUUAUUUUCGGGUGUGCUUCUCCAAAUAUCUCGUAACUUUAUAGGCCUCAAAUAUCCAAGGCAAUUGGGGACGACAAAAAUCUGUGCGAACAUUUAAAGUUACCAAUUCAGAGAAUAAAUGACUACCAGUUUUUAUUAAAGGAAUUAAUAAAGUACUCACAUAAUGUGCCUGAAAAUACUAAAGACUUACAAAAAGCCUUGGAACUAAUGCUUAGCGUUCCUAAUAGAGCAUUUCAUAAUAAACUUUUAUCUAGCAUAGAAGGAUAUAGAGGUAAUAUAUAUAAAAUCGGACGUUUACUUAACCACGAUUGGUGGACUAUAAAAGAUUCUGCUCAAAAAUCUCACGAUCGAUAUUUAUUUUUAUUUAAAUCGAGGAUUUUAAUCUCUAAUCUAAGGAAAAUAAAUGAAGAACGGUCAAUUUUUGUUUUACAAAACAUUAUUAAACUACCAGACUGCAAUAUUGAGAAUAAUGUCGUCGAAAAUGUGUUAUACUUAACAGCAAAACCGGGAAAGCAAAACAAAUUUUUGCCAAUUACAUUAAAACCUCACAAAAUAGAUAUUCGAGAACAAUGGUUUCAAGAAAUUGUUUCAUACAUAGAUGAUGAAUCGGCAUUACAGGAACAUUUUGCUGAUGAUUUACGUAUUGAUUCCUCACAAGUACUGUAUGAAAAUGAGUUACUUCUUCACUUACCGCAGAAGGCUGAGGCACAUAAUCCCUAUUCUGGAAUAAAAGCCUCAGAUGUGGCUCACGAUUACUAUUUAAGUGACGAAGAAAGGAAAAAGUACUUAGAAGAACAGACAAAUUUGCUUUCGAACAGAAAUAAACAACAUUUGGAGAAUAAAAUAUUUGAAGAGAACAAACACUCACUUACUAAAACUGAUGAAUCACGUGUGAAAGAAAAAGCAAACUACUUAGAAGAUCAUACACAAUGGCAUCCAGAUAGAAAUAUACAGCAUUUUGACAGUACAAUAACUGAAGAGAAUGAAAACUCUCUUACUAAAAGUGCUGUAUUAUUUGAGAAAGAAAGGAUAGACUUUUCCGAUAUGGUAACAGAAAAUACUUUGUUAUCGAAAAAGAAAGAUGAUUCCAUAAAUAAUGCAAAUGACACAAUGCUGAUUGAAAAAGAUGUAAUUUUUAACCAACAGUGUAGGCAUGCAUCAACUGAUGGUAUAGAAUUAAUUAAUAAAUGUAAGGAUUUUUCCAAUAUUAAAAUGUUAUCCGAUGGAUCUGUUGGUAAGAAUAGUGAAAUAUCUAAUAAUUCACAAAUUAAGUCCUCACUAAAUUUAUUAUCACCGCCAUUGUCAGAAAUUAAUGAGACACCUAAAGAAGUAGCGAGCAGUAAAAAAAUUACUUUAAGUGAUAUUCCUUUUUAUACUGAAUCAUCCAAAUUUAUUAUUAACACUACAGCAGCUUCAGACAAAAAUAAUAGUAAAUCUACAAAUAUGAAUGUUACUAACAUAAAGGAUAGUGCUUCUUUACAGCAAUGGUCUAAUUCUUUAACGAACCUUAUCAGUUUGCCAUAUCAAGGCGGAGGAACUUCAAACCCUCCUCCGCCUUUACCGCCUAACUUUCAUCGCAUGCCUGGCUUCUUUGAACCUUUACCACGCAUAUCAUACGAAACUUCAAUUGAAAUUUUAAUAGUAAAAGCUCGUCCACCUUCGCCACCUCCUCUGCCGCAAUCUAUAAAAAAGCUUAUAGUGCAUAAUGAAAGCUUAGAGCAAAAAUCUGAAAACUUUUUAAAAGGAAUUUAUGACUCCCAAAAUUUUGAUACUUCAGUUCAUACGGCUAAACAAAAGUUACGUUUUAUUAAAAGCGCUGUAAUUAAAUCAACUGAUUCUACUAAAUACGCUGAAGAUACAGUUAAAAAAGCUAAAGCUCGUGAUUUUUUACACAUAUUUACUCCUCCAUUGAAAACUAAAAGACCCAUCUACGAGAUCGUGGAAGUUCCAUAUACUAACGACCAAUCCCAAGAACACAUUGAAAAUAUUCAUGAGGAACACAAGGAAGUAGGCACUGAAAUUGACGUAACAGACCUAAACAUUUCCAAAAUGGAAGACUAUACAUCUGGAUAUUCUGCUAAAUAUUCGCGGAGGCGCGCUGAAUUGAGUUCGACUACUCGAGAUUAUGAGAGAGGUUCUUCAUAUGACAAUUACGGAGACAAUUUGAGAAGUACAGCAAGCUCAAGAGUAGAGAGGAGGAAACAAGACGAUCAUAGAUCUAUAUUUUCCUCAAGCCGAGCUGAAAGCAGAAACGAAGAAUACUAUGGGUCGAGAAUCGGAACGCGAUCAUCCUCACGCAUGAUGGAAGAAAACAAUUUAAAGUCGUUAGAAAAACCCGAAAUUCAUCGACCAGCAAAAAGCGCUCAGGUUAAACCUGGAGAGUCUGCUCAUUUCGAGGUACAAUUUGUUGAAAAACCCGGAUUAGUGGUUUGGUUAAAAGAUAACAAGCCCUUGGAAGAUAAACUUGCUGACCGAGUUGUGCAAACAGAAGCAGCGAUGAAUUCAUACCGACUGGAUAUUAAAAAUUGCAGUGAGUCUGAUGCUGGUACUUACACUGCAAAAGCAAUAUCUGGAAUUGAAAGCGUGACAUGUUCCGCCCAACUUGCAGUGGGACAAGCUGCUGGACAUGACGAAACAAAAACAAACGUGGCCCCAGUUUUUCUUGUGCAGUUGAAGGAUGUUGAAAUGUUGGAACAAACAUUGUUCAGAUUUAUGAUUAAAGUAAUGGGGGAUCCAAAACCUAAAGUGAAAUUUUUUAAAGAUGGAGACGAAAUUUCAGAAGAAGAUAACCAUAUCCAAAUAAAUAGAGAAAAGGAUUAUUUGGGAUAUUAUGAACUAAUUAUAAACGAAGUACAAAAGUUUGAUUCUGGAAUUUACACUUGUAAAGCUAUAAAUAAAUACGGAGAAGCUCAAUGUGAAGCAAAAGCAACAACUGUAGAGGAUAAAAAUCCCUUUGGGUCUUUAAGUGGGCAAAUCCUUCCAGCCGGAGAAAAGUCUACAUUCACUUGGAAACGUAAUGGGGUUGAAUUUGACCCAGAAGAACGAUUUAAGGUUUUGUUCGGCGAAGACGAAGACUCUCUGGCUCUAGUAUUUCAACAUGUUAAGCCAGAGGAUGCAGGAAUUUAUACAUGUGUAGCUCAAACUACGACAGGCAACAUAUCAUGUAGUGCGGAGCUAACUGUUCAAGGUGCUAUACAAACACUACACAGAGAACCAGAAAAGCCAGUCUUGGUUAUCGAACAUCGUGAAGCUAAUACAACAAUAGGAGGCACAGCAAUUCUAGAAUUACAGUGCAAAGGCUUUCCUAAACCAGGAGUUGAGUGGAAGCAUGAUGGUGAAAUUAUUGAAGUAGGCGAAAAACACAAAAUUUUAUAUGCCGAUGAGGAAAGCAUGUCCUUAGUCAUUAAAAAUAUUACUACAGAAGACGCAGGGGAAUAUACCAUCCAUGCAAAGAACGAACUAGGGGAGGAUGAGUCAUCUAUAAGCCUGGUUGUAAAAGCGGGACCUAAAAUAAAAAAAGUAAAUGACGUAACCUGUUUUGCUGAAGAAACAAUUAGAAUAGAAGUGGAAGUUGAUGGCUUUCCCAAACCACUUAUUAAUAUAACAAAUAAUGGCAAGGAUAUUUCGCAGGAAAAGAACGUAACAAUUUCAAGUAAUUCUAUAGGAAAAAGCACAGAAACAUAUAUAUUAGAAAUUUCUAAUAUAAAGUUAAGUCAAAGCGGUAACUAUUCCAUAAGAGCUACGAAUGAUUUGAACCAAUCUUCUGAAUUCUGGAACUGUAUAGUUAACUCCAAACCUAUAAUCGUAAAACAUUUAGAGGAGGUAUAUGUAUAUGGUGAAAAGGAGACAGUCAUUAUGAGUGUUAAAAUUGACGCGUUCCCAGCAGCCAAAGUACGAUGGUAUCAAGAUGGGAAUGAAAUUGAUGUUUCUAAUAACAAAAAAUACAUUACUGUCGCCGACGGUAAUGAAUAUACGCUGAAAAUAAAGGAAGUGUCUCGCGUUGAUUGUGCAAUAUAUAAAGUAAAAGCUGAGAAUGAUUAUGGUUCAGCAUCAAGCGAGACGAAAUUGCUAAUAAAAUGUGCCCCUGAACUUACAAAGAAAUUGUCAAAUAUUACUAUAACUGAAGGUGAUUGUAACGUAGAACUAGAAGUAAAACUCAACGCCUACCCUGAGCCCAAAAUCAAAUGGUAUAUAGAUGGUAUCGAGAUCGAUGAAAAAAGAAAAGAUUUUCGUCGCAUUGAGGAGAAUAACUCAUAUAAAUUAGUACUUAAAGAAGUCAAUACAUCAAUGCAUGGCACAUAUUGCUGUAAAAUCAUGAACGAUUAUGGAAAUCUUGAAAACGAAUGUAUUGUGACAGUAAACUGCAAGCCGAAAAUUAGAAAACAAUUAAAAGAUACAGAAGUACAAGCAAAUGGUACUCUAACGCUGGAAACUGAUAUAUAUGCAAUGCCUGAGCCAACUGUACAAUGGUUUAAAGAUGGACAGGAAAUAAGUGCUGAUGCUAGAGUAAAAAUUUCUCGGGACUCAUACCGCACAGAGGAUUAUUCCUUAUCACUCACAAUUUGUAAACCAACUGAUGCCGGUACUUACGAAGUGAGGGCUCUAAACGCUAUUGGCGACAGUCAAUCGCAAUGCAAUGUGAUUGUUUUAAAUGAACUAAAGAGAAAAGAGGAAGUCGAUGGACACAAUAUACAAAACAUUGAAAAUGGUGCGAUUCCUGAGAUCCAACACGCAGAUAUUUUGGAAAAACAUAGUUUCGAGUCAGUGCCAUUAAAAUAUGAGAUUAUUGCUAAAGGCAUUCCCAAACCGGAAGCCGUAUGGUAUCAUGAUGGCAAGCCAAUACAAGCAGAUCAGCGUGUUGCUACCAUCGUUGAUGGGGAGAAAUACAGGUUAGAAAUAAAGGAACUGCAACUACCCGACGCUGGUGAAUAUAAAGUGGUAAUUAAAAAUAAAUGUGGCGAAAAGUCUCUCCAAGGUGUUUUAUCCCUAUCUGGCGUUGCAGAUUAUCGCAAACCUAUUUUAAAAAGUGGGUUACGUGAUAUUACGACUAAAAAGGGAAACUCUUUGGCGAUUCCUAUCGUAUUCACCGCUGACCCUCAACCGAAAAUAACAUGGAUGAAAGAUGGAGUGGCAUUAAAAGAACAAGGCAAUAUCAUAAUAACAGAAUCAGUACAAGAUCUUGAGAACGGUCUUAAGGAGUACUCAUAUACCAUAAAUUUUGAUGAACUUCAACACAAAGAUUCUGGCCGAUAUGAACUACAGAUAGAAAAUAAAUAUGGCAAAAUCAGUACAACUGGAUGGAUUGAUGUGUUAUCAAAACCAGAAAUUAUAGGCUUAAAAGAUCAGUGUUGUCUUCCAAAUGACACCAUUGCUUUUGAUGCUAUCAUACUAGCGAAUCCUAAGCCUAAAGUUACAUGGACUCGAGGAAACGAAAAUUUGUGCAACAAUGAAAACUGCGAAGUGAUAGCCGACGUUGAUGAUGAUAAAUACAGAUUGGUAUUCCAGUGUGUUAAAUCAGAAGAGGAUGGACUAUAUUCAUUAACCGCAGUUAAUGACCAAGGCUCGUCUACUGCAAGCUUCCAUUUAAACGUUAAAGUCGAAAAGCCGACAUUUAUCGCACCACCAGAAGACCAAUUAAUACUGGACAAUCAUCCGGUGAAUGUUAAUGUAUUAGCACAUGGAAUACCAAAACCAACAAUUGAGUGGAAGAAAGGUGAUGAAAGGAUUGCUGAUGGAGCUCAAAUUACUAAAAAUGAAGAUUUAGUAUAUAUUAUACAACAAUCAUCUCCAGAUUCUGAUCAAUUGAGCAGCCAAUUAGAAAUUUCUCAUUUCAGACCCUCGAAUGCCGGAACGUACACUGUCGUUGCUAAAAAUGAAAUUGGUGUGACUGAAGUUCCGUUUAAACUUUCUCUGCUAGAAUUAGCUCCAAAGUUUGAAAGCAAGUUCGACAAUGCUAAAGAAGUAUGUCAAGGUGAAGAUUUGGUUCUACAAUGUAAAGUUAUUGGAAGUCCAAUUCCACUAAUUAGUUGGAUUAAAGAUGGUGAACAAUUAAAGCCAAGUGAACACAUAAGACUCACAUCCUCCCCUAGCGGUAUUUUAACAUUGGAAAUAGCGAAUAUUCAACCAUCUGAUUCUGGAGCAUAUAAGGUUAUCAUUUCAAAUCCCCUUGGCGAAAUAUCUUCCUUAUGCGCUGUUGCCGUAUCUCCAAAAGCAGAGCAGCCUUCAUUCGUUGAACCUUUAGAAGAUGUUAAAGUCUCUGUUGGAGAACAGUUAAAAUUGCAAGCGCGAGUAAUCGGAUUCCCUGCACCAGAAAUUAAAUGGAUUAAGAAUGGAAUUGCUUUGCACCCAAGUACGAGCAUAAAUUUUAUAAACAAUCCGAAUGGACUUGUUGGUUUAAGCAUUGAUAACGUUCAACCUGAAGAUGCAGGUGUAUAUAAAUGCUUAAUCGCUAACAAAGAGGGUGAGAUAGAAGGAAGUUCUACGGUAACCGUAUGUGCAGUGGAAAAAGAACCAGAGUUUAUAAGAGAAUUACAUGAUACUAAUUGUAUUGAAGGUUUCCCUGUAAAAAUGCAAGUUAAAGUUUUAGGCAAUCCACUGCCUGACAUCAAAUGGUUUAAUAAUGGCCAAGAAAUUUUACCUAAAGAAGGACGAUAUACAUUCACAGAAACUAAGGACAAUAAUUAUUGUUUGCAAAUAAAAGAGGCUAAUUUGAAAGACUCGGGUUUGUAUGAAGUAGUUGCUUCAAAUGCAAUAGGUACGGCUCUGUCUAAAGCGAGAUUACAAGUCGCAUUGAAAACAGAUGAAUCAAUGCCGGAAGUGCCUCCACGAUUUCUGUCAUCUAUUAGAGAUGUCAAUGCAAAUGAAGGUGAUGAAAUUAAACUUUGCGCAGCUUUUACGGGUAAUCCUGUCCCAGAAAUUAUAUGGACAAAAGAUGAUAAUACUCUCUUUAAUGAUGAGAGCACUUUAAUUAGUUGUGAUGGCAAACACGUUAGUUUAAUAAUAAAUAACGCUGAAUCUAGCCAUUCUGGUACAUAUAAUUGCCUCUUAGCAAAUCCUCUUGGGGAAGAUGCGUCUGCUUGUGAACUAAACGUGAGAAAAGUGUACAAAAAGCCAUUAUUCACUCAAAAGAUAUGCGAUCAGCAACAUUUAAUCAAUACCGAUGCAAAAAUUGGUGUCACUGUUUCAGGCGUACCAUAUCCAGAAUUGUCAUGGUACUUCCAAGACAAGCCUAUUAUCGAAGGAGAUAAAUAUGAAUUGAUUAACGAUGGCGACCACCACACAUUAGUUAUCAAAGACUGUACCAUAAAUGAUCAUGGUGUUUAUAAAUGUAUCGCAAAAAAUAGAGAGGGCACAGAUAUUACUCAAGGCCGGCUGGAUAUGGUUAAUGAACUCAAAAAACAUAUUCGUUCAGAACCACCAACAUUCCUGAAGAGACUUGGUGACUGCGAAAUUUAUCCUGGAAUGACAGCUAAGUUUACAGCAUGUGCUGCUGGCAGCCCGGAACCUGAAGUGGAGUGGUUCAAAAAUGAUCAAAAACUUUUCCCGUGCGAAAAAAUAUCUAUGGAUCACGAGCCGAAUGGAUUACUACGACUUACCAUCAAGGAUGCAGAUGACACUGAUGUUGGUCGUUAUACCUGUCAUAUAUUUAAUCCAUAUGGAGACGAAACAUGUCAUGGACAUCUCAUUUAUGAUAAUAUUGACAACAACCGUAGAAAACCUCUUUCAGACCAAUAUAAUGAUAUAAAUAAAUACAAAAGGACAGGCGUGCCAACACCGAUCACGGAAAAACCAUCAAUAUCCCGAAUGACUGACCACAAUCUGAAGUUGGCUUGGAAACCGUCGGUAGUAACAACGGGGCAUUAUCCUGUGACAUAUCUGGUGGAAAUGAUGGAUUUACCAAACGGAGACUGGCGCACAGUUCACACAGGAAUUAGGAAUUGCUCUUGCGUAAUUGACGGACUAGAACCAUUCCGCGACUACCGACUACGAGUUCGAGUUGAGAAUAAAUAUGGUGUAAGCGACCCCAGCCCAUACUUGCAAACAUAUAGGCAAAAAAUAGUACCAGAGGAAAAGAAAAAGUACACGUAUUUGGCUCCCGGUGUCGAUUUUAGACCAGAAACAUCGCCUUAUUUCCCCAAAGAUUUUGAUAUUGAACGACCACCUCAUGAUGGCCUUGCACAAGCCCCACAAUUUUUACGACGAGAAAACGAUUGCAGUUAUGGAGUCAAAAAUCAUAACACCGAGUUAAUGUGGUUUGUAUAUGGUUAUCCAAAACCCAAGAUGACAUACUAUUUUGAUGACACACUGAUAGAAUCUGGAGGGAGGUUUGACUACAGCUAUACACGAAAUGGCCAAGCAACUCUCUUCAUAAAUAAGAUGCUUGAGCGAGAUGUUGGAUGGUACGAAGCCGUUGCUACUAACGAAUAUGGGGAAGCUAGGCAGAGAGUAAAAUUAUUGAUAGCUGAUUAUCCACGCUUCCUUAAGCGUCCUGACGAAACUUAUAUAAUGAUGAGAAAAAAUGGUCGCUUAGAAGCUCAUAUUGCUGGUGAGCCAUUACCAGAAAUCAGAUGGUAUAAAGACUGGCAACCCUUGGCUGACAAUGCCCGAAUAAAGACUAGUUAUUAUGAGCCAAAUAUUUAUGUACUUUCAAUUAAUGAUGCAAUAAUUAAAGACGAGGGUCUAUAUUCGGUUUGUGCCCGCAAUGUGGCAGGAUCAAUAAGCACAUCUGUGAUGCUUCAUAUAGAGGAUAAUGAAGACAAAUAUAUCUAUAAAACAUAUGGAAGAUUGCCAUACAUUCGAGCGAAACAAAACCGUUAUAAUGAUAAAUAUGAUAUCGGUGAUGAAUUAGGACGUGGUACACAAGGAAUCACUUACCACGCGGUUGAACGUGCAACAGGUGAUAACUACGCCGCGAAAAUUAUGUAUGGUAGACACGAAUUACGACCGUUCAUGUUAAAUGAGUUAGAAAUAAUGAAUGGCCUCAAUCAUAAAAAUCUGAUUCAACUACAUGAUGCUUAUGACCUUGAUAAAAAUGUUACCUUAAUUAUUGAGUUAGCAGCUGGUGGAGAACUGGUUAAGGACAAUUUACUUAAGCGAAACUACUACACUGAAAGAGAUAUUGCAUACUACAUAAGACAAGCAUUAUGGGGCUUGGAUCAUAUGCACGAUCAUGGUUUUGGGCAUAUGGGGCUAACGAUAAAGGAUUUACUGAUAUCUGUUGUCGGAAGCAAGAAUUUGAAGUUAUCAGAUUUUGGUCUCUCCCGAAAAAUUAAUAGACACGCUCUAACUACUUUAGACUUUGGAAUGCCGGAAUACGUUUCACCUGAAGUUGUUAAUAAAGAGGGUGUUGGAUUUGCUCAUGAUAUGUGGGCUGUAGGGAUUAUAACCUACGUUCUACUAAGUGGUCGAAACCCUUUCCGGGGUAACGAUGACUAUGAAACACUAUCAAAAAUUCGUGAGGGGCGUUGGGAAUUCAGCGAUUCAAUUUGGUCUCAUAUAUCCGCUGAUGGAAGAGAUUUUAUUUCCCGCCUUUUGUCGUAUAGAGCAGAUGAUCGGAUGGAUGUCAAAACAGCGUUAAAACAUCCAUGGUUUUUUAUGUUAGACUCAUUACCGACUGGAACAGAAUAUCAGAUCACCACAGACAACCUACGAAGCUAUCAAGAUCAAUUUGAUGAUUGGAGUGAAAAUGCUGCCUGCAAACAAUAUUUCCGACGUAGACGACUCAGUGGUUGUUACACUCAUCCAUCUAGAAUGGUUUAUCCACCAGGUCAUUCAUAUACCCCUGAACCGACUCCAGAAGUUUUGCCAGAACCAAAAAAAUAUUCCACCAAACGCGAAAACACAAUGUCAAAAUAUUUACAUCCAGAUUAUGAGUUGGGCUUAAUUCAGUCCGAAAGUCACUACCAAUAUGGGCCAGAUACUUAUCUUCUACAACUUAGAGAUGUUAGUUUUCCUGUAAGGUUGCGCGAAUAUAUGAAAGUUGCUCACAGAAGAUCACCUUCAUUCGCACUCAACGAUAGCGUUGAUUGGUCUUUGCCAGUUAUUCGGGAACGUCGACGAUUUACUGAUAUAAUGGAUGAAGAAAUUGAUGAUGAACGAGUUCGAAGCAGAAUAAAUUUGUAUAGCUCGAAUGACUCGUUCACUAUUCGUAGGCUUCGAACAGAAUUGGGUCCCAGACUUGAUGAAUAUACGGAAGCUGAGGCACUAAUUGAAAGCCAAAGAGAAGGAUGUCUUCCCUUCUUCAGAGAAAAGCCCCAAACACUUGCAAUUGUGGAAUAUCAACCAGCACACAUACAUUGUUUGGCAGUUGGAGACCCAAAACCGUGUAUACAAUGGUUUAAAAAUGACAUGGUGCUAAUUGAGUCAAACAGAAUUAAAAUAUUAACUGAUGAAGAUGGAAGAUCUAUUUUACGUUUUGAUCCGGCUCUCCAUACUGAUAUAGGCAUAUAUAAAGCCGUCGCCAGAAAUUCGCUUGGUCAAACAGUGUCCAGAUGUCGGUUAGUUGUUGCUACAUUGCCGGAUGCUCCGGACUCUCCUGAAGUAUCUGCAGCUAGUGGCAAGGAAGUUCUUCUUAGAUGGAAACAGCCACGAAAUGAUGGUCACUCAACAGUUUUAUGUUAUAGUUUACAAAAGAAAGAAUUUAGCUCGGAUAUAUGGACAACGAUUGCUGAUAAUAUUGACCAUGAAUUUUAUUUUGUGCAUGAUCUGCAGCCUAACACUAAAUACCAAUUUAGAUUGGCAUCUAGAAAUCGAAUUGGUUGGAGUGAAAUGAGUAUCCCGUUGACAGCCGAAACAGCAGCUAUAGAUUCACCAAAAAUACAGAUAUCAAAGGCAAUGGAACAUUUACAAAAACUAACAGAAAGCGGACAAGAAAUCGUAGCAGAAGAAGAGCGAGUUCAUACUGACUAUCAUUGUGAAUGUGAACCUCCAAAUUGGAUAACUGAUAACAGUGUUAAUGAAAAAUAUAGUUUUAUAUCGGAAAUACAUAGAGGAGAAUUCAGUACCAUUGUAAAAGGAAUUCAAAAAUCCACCAACGCAAUAACAGUAGCUAAAAUUUUUGAUUUAAAUGCGGAAACUGAACCUCUUAUAUUAGAAGAAUUUGAAAAUUUUAGAACGUUAAGACAUGAACGUAUUGCAGCACUAUUUGCAGCAUAUAAACCAGUUAAUGUACCAUUAGCUAUUUUUAUAAUGGAGAAACUUCAGGGUGCUGAUGUAUUGACAUACUUUAGCAGUCGCCAUCAAUACACUGAGCAAAUGGUAGCAACGGUUAUAACACAACUUUUAGACGCAGUUCAAUACUUGCAUUGGAGAAGUUAUUGUCAUUUAAAUAUUCAACCUGACAAUAUUGUAAUGGCAUCAGUACGAUCGGUUCAAAUAAAAUUGAUUGAUUUUGGUUCCUCAAAGAGAGUUAGUAAAUUAGGAGCAAAAGUUGCAGCGAGGUGCAUGCUUGACUUUCAAUCUCCUGAGAUGGUGAACGAAGAACCUAUAUUCCCGCAAAGUGAUAUUUGGUCUGUGGGUGUGCUGACAUAUCUUUUGCUUUCUGGAAAAAGUCCUUUUCGCGGAACUGAUGACUAUGAUACAAAGCAAAAUAUAUCGUUUGCUCGCUAUAGAUUUGAGAACCUAUAUAAAGAAGUUACUCCCGAAGCAACUCGAUUUAUUAUGUUCCUUUUCAAACGACAUCCUACGAAACGACCAUAUUCUGAGGAUUGUUUGGAGCAUAGAUGGCUUAUGUCUUCUGACUAUAUGAUCAAGAAAAGGGAGCGAGCUGUGUUCCUGGGAAAUCGACUCAAGGAUUUCGCUGACAUGUAUAAGGAUAUUAAAGAAAGUCACGCCACUUCAACCCAAACGAUCACUCAGUCGUUAAAUGGAGGGCCAUCAACAACGCAGUUAUUACGAUCAAAUAGCAUCCAGGAAGAACUUUAUGCUACAUUUUAAAAUUUCUUCCACAUGUUGAAUUAUUGCAAAAAAUUAUGUACAGUCAAA